AUGCUGGAGAAGAACAGACAACAUGAGACAAAACAGGACAUACAACAUGAGACAAAACAGAACAGACAACAUGAGACAAAACAUGACAAACAACAUGAGACAAAACAGGAUAUACAACAUGAGACAAAACAGAACGUACAACAUGAGACAAAACAAGAUAUACAACAUGAGACAAAACAGUACAUACAACAUGAGACGAAACAGAUCAUAGAACAUGAGACGAAACAGAACAUACAACAUGAGACGAAACAGAACAUACAACAUGAGACGAAACAGAACAAAGAACAUGACACUUUACAGCACAGAACAUACAAUAUGAGACAAAACAGGACAUACAACAUGAGACGAAACAGGACAUACAAUAUGAGACAAAACAGGACAUACAACAUGAGACGAAACAGGACAUACAACAUGAGACGAAACAGGACAACAUUAGACAAAACAGGACAUACAACAAUAGACAAAACAGGACAACAUCAGACAAAACAGGACAUACAACAUGAUACAAAACAGGACAUACAACAUGAGACAAAUCAGAAUAACAUACAUGAAACAAAACAGGACAGACAACAUGUGACGAAACAGAACAGACAACAUGAGACAAAACAGGACAUACAACAUGAGACGAAACAGGACAUACAACAUGAACAUGAGACGAAACAGAACAGACAACAUGAAACAAAACAGGACAGACAACAUGUGACGAAACAGAACAGACAACAUUAG